UGCAAUGCGCAGCUGGACGUUCAAUCAUGUGAACGCCAUAUGAUUCUCGAAACGCUUCCUGAAUAGCGCUGCAGAUGCUCUAGAAAACAUUACAUACUUUCAUACCUUUUGUAACUAAUUCGCUUCUUGUGUGUCAGAAUGAAAAUGCAGCUUACAGUUUUGAUUUCUUUGUUUGUUAUCGGAGCAAUGGCGGGCAAGUAUUCAAAAGAAAUUAAUGAACAAAAGGCAUCUGAUAAAAACAACAAUCAGGUGGAAUUCAGGAUUGCCAAACUAAACCAGGUUUGGGAAAAGGCGAUAAGAAUGCAGCUUGCACCGGUGCGGCUCUCAGAACUGCACAGUGACUUGAAGAUCCAGGAGAAAGAUGAACUUCAGUGGAAAAAACUGAAAGCAGAAGGGUUGGAUGAGGAUGGAGAAAGAGAAGCCAAGCUCAGACGCAAUUUUAAUAUUAUUCUAGCAAAGUAUGGAAUGGAUGGGAAAAAAGACACCCGGGCACUGGACAGUAACAGACUGAAAGAUCAUGAUGUUAAAGAUGGAGAUACGUUUGAUGACCCGAGGCUGGACAAGCUGUGGAACAAGGCCAAGACUUCUGGAAAGUUCUCUGACGAGGAGCUCCAGACCUUGCAGAGAGAAUUCCAUCACCACAAAGACAAAAUCAAUGAGUAUAACAUUGUCAUGGACACUGUCAGCCGGACCGAAGAGAUCCAUAAGAACGUAAUCAGUCCUCUGGAGGGUGACAUGAAGGAACAUGUUCUCCAUCAGAAGCAUGCAGAUCUGAAGCAGAGAAUGAGGGGCCUUAACCAGGGCUUUGAACGACUCCGCAAGAUCACCCAUGAGGGUUACAGUGCUGACAGUGAAUUUAAGGAGCCACGAGUCAUAGAACUUUGGGAGAUGGCAAAAAGAUCUAAUCUCACUGAAGUCGAACUUGACUCUCUUAAAGAGGAACUUAGACACUUUGAAACAAAGGUUGAGAAGCACCAGCACUAUCAGGAGCAGCUGGAACUGUCUCAUCAGAAACUGAAGCAUGUGGAGGCCCUGGGAGACAAAGAACACACAUUGAGAAACAAAGAGAAAUACAAUGCUCUUGCUGAGAAAGCACGAGAAAUGGGAUACAAGAUGAAGAAACACUUGCAGGACUUGACGAAUAAGAUUUCCCAAAAUGGACUGCAACACAAUGAACUCUGAGUACCUUUUUUUUUUUUUGUCCCCAUAACAGGACUACUGUUAGCUAUAAUCGUUCAGAGAUCACAUAUGCUGUAUUCUAAAAUGUUAUCCAACACAGAUGGACCAGGCUUAUAAAGGUAGGGCACAUUGUACAUGAAUUGAACAUUUUCAUUGGGAAGCUAGGCUAUGGGGUAAAUUAUUUUUCAAUGGUACCAAGUAGUGACGAGUUCUGCUUUUGUUGCUCCUUUCCCAUUUUAUGCUUGUACAGUAAAUGGCAACAAGCAUUCUAUUAAUUUUGGGCAAAUUUGUUUGUGGCUCAAUUAUUUAUAUUUAAUAAUAGUUGCUAAACAAACAAAUGCACACUGAAAUAUGUGUAGAAAAGAAUUUAACAUUCCUUCACAACAUGAGCACACAGACAUGAAAACAGCUCAACGUUUUCAGUGUAAACUGUUAAAGCUUUCAUUUCAAUAAUCCUCCUGUUUUUUUUUUAUACCCCAGUCCUGAGCAUCCUAAGAUUUAAGCUCAAUAAUACCCAUUCAUGAACACCGGUGCCACCCCUAAACAGGCUUGAUUUAAUAUUUUGAUAACAGCUAAACUUGACAGAUUCAGGAAAAAGGUGUGCUUCAGUGGAACAGGCUGAAAAGGCUC